AUGACCCCCGAGUCUCUUUCCAACCUUUCCCAGACCGCGCGCGUGAAUCAGAGCGGUUUCGUUCCCGCGGUGUCCGAAAGGGAUUUCCUACCCUUCCCGGACGGGACCACUGCGGAGCUGGUGAUCCGCUGUGUGAUCCCGUCCCUCUACUUGCUCAUUAUCACAGUGGGCUUGCUGGGCAACAUCGUGCUGGUGAAGAUCUUCAUCACCAACAGCGCCAUGAGGAGCGUCCCCAACAUCUUCAUCUCUAACCUGGCCGCUGGGGACGUGCUGCUGCUGCUCACCUGCGUCCCGGUGGACGCCUCGCGCUAUUUCUUUGACGAGUGGAUGUUCGGGAAGGUGGGCUGCAAACUCAUCCCGGUGAUCCAGCUCACCUCCGUGGGGGUGUCCGUAUUCACUCUCACUGCCCUCAGCGCCGACAGGUACAGAGCCAUUGUAAACCCCAUGGAUAUCCAGACGUCAGGGGCAGUGCUGUGGACCUGCGUGAAGGCCGUGGGUAUCUGGGUGGUCUCGGUGCUGUUGGCUGUUCCCGAAGCGGUGUUUUCCCAAGUGGCGCGCAUCAGUGGCCUGGAUAACGGCAGCUUCACAGCGUGUAUACCCUACCCUCAGACGGAUGAAUUACAUCCAAAGAUUCAUUCAGUGCUCAUCUUUUUGGUCUACUUCCUCAUACCACUUGUUAUUAUUAGCAUUUAUUAUUAUCAUAUUGCAAAGACCUUAAUUAAAAGUGCACAUAAUCUUCCGGGAGAAUACAAUGAACGUACCGAAAAACAGAUGGAAACACGGAAACGCCUGGCUAAAAUUGUGCUGGUCUUUGUGGGUUGCUUUUUCUUCUGUUGGUUUCCAAAUCAUAUCCUUUACAUGUAUAGGUCUUUCAACUAUAAUGAGAUUGACCCAUCUCUAGGCCACAUGAUUAUCACCUUAGUUGCCCGGGUUCUGAGCUUUUGCAAUUCUUGUGUCAAUCCAUUUGCUCUUUAUCUGCUCAGUGAAAGCUUCAGGAGGCACUUCAAUAGCCAGCUCUGUUGUGGAAGGAAGUCCUAUCGAGAGAGAUCAACCAGCUACCUACUCAGCUCCUCCACAGCGCGCGUGACAUCCCUGAAAAGCAAUGCUAAGAACAUGGUGACCAAUUCUGUAUUACUUAAUGGGCACAAUGUGAAGCAGGAAAUGGCACUGUGAUUUUGGCCAUUCAACUCACUACCUGAAAAGAACUUACUCUUGUAUAUCUAUUCAGUAGAGCAGAACUAAACGAUUUUUUCUUUCUUAUUAUGUCUCAGCUAUUUCAUUAAACGAUUUCACUAUUGACUCAGAAAGGCAAGACAAACAUAGUUACCACUUUUCUCUGAACAAGACUUUAAAUGACAUUAAAAACAUAUGUGUUAUUCACAUUAAAAGUGAUUCUAAAAGCAA